UACUAGUGAUCUCUGUUAGUGAAAUGAAUAAUUGAACUUGUGUCAACUUUUUAAUCUGACAAUUACCCACAGAUUAUGACAAAUAAAUUGAUACAUAUUUUAAUAAAAUUCAUGUGAAAAUUAUGUAUAUUUAAUGUAUUUAUGUUAAAAAGUGUACCACAAACAUGACAAUACUUCCAAAUAAUAAACGUAAUAACAAUUCAAAUGGUAAAGAGAAUGAAAAAAAUGAGACGAAUAAUACCCAACAAAUAAAUCAUAAUACCCAACAACGAUUAAAUCGUGGCCUAUUGUCCUCAUCACAACUUUUGAUACAGGACACAGCACCCGUUGGUAGUCCUCUACAAAAUCAUACAUCGUAUUCGGAAGAUAUAUCCAAGUUUCGCCCGUCUCAUGUAGGACAUUUAUUAGGGAAUACGUUUAAGGAAGAACAAGGACCAGCUUCACCAGGUGGAGGUCGUCGAACUUAUUCACGAGAACGUGCUUCAAAACGGAAAUCACGUGAGCAUUUAGAUCACGAUGCAAAACCAAAAACAAAUCAGCCACCAAGCAGUGCACAGUAUCAUACCCAAUCGAAUGAAGCGGACAGUGAACGGAAUAAUUCAGAGGAUGAGUAUGAACCUGCGAAAAUAUCGAAUGAAGAAUGGGAGGAUCGCGAUCGAACGUUUAAUGAAACUAUGCGGAAAAAGGGAUUUGUCGUUAAGAAUAUUGUAGAAGAUGGUGCAUGUUUGUUUCGGGCAAUCGCUGAUCAAGUUUACGGGAAUGAGGAUAUGCAUAGUAUUGUUCGCAAUAAUUGUAUGGAUUACAUUAUGCAAAAUCGUGAUUUCUUCUCCGAAUACAUUACAGAAGAUAUUAAUCGUUACGUCAGUCGAAAACGUAACGAUUUUGUUCAUGGCAAUCAUUUAGAAAUACAAGCACUUAGUGAGCUAUAUAAUCGUACCAUUGAGGUGUAUUGUUAUACAGAAGCACCCAUAAAUAUCUUCCAUGGAAAUUACAAACAUGAUUAUGAACCGAUAAGACUGUCAUAUCAGCGUGGAUCUCAUUACAAUUCGAUCGUUGAUCCGUAUUGUGCAAGUGUUGGUGUGGGAUUGGGUUUACCAAAUUAUCAACCAGGUGAAGCAGAACGUAAUUUAUUAAAGGAUGCUUCGAAUGCAAGCGAAUUGACGUUAAUUGAACAGACAAUGAUUCAAGAUAAACUAGCAGCGACAGAUUGGGAGGCAACAAACGAUGCAAUCUUGGAGCAAGCGACACGUGAAUCGUGGGCACUUUAUGUGAAUGAUGGUCAUUUACGUGACCCCUUAGCCGGCUGUAGUAGCACUUCUGGUAAUUCUUCCACUCAUAGCAACUCAUCCACAUGCCGUUCAUUACGCUCCAACUCCUUCACAACCAGAAUGCAAAUGCAUGCUUCCUCGUCGCACACAUCCCAACGUGUGUCAACCACUGUAAAUAAACGAAUACCAACUCCUCCACAACGGAUUCCAUCACCGUCCACAAAUUCGCGUCUGACCCCAACACCCCCCCUACGUGGACAUAGAAUGUCAACACCACCGCAUCAAAGUGGUUCUUCGCGUAGCUGUCAUUCUUUGCCAACAUCUCCGCACUCAUCGCCACGCGUACAUCAACAAUCAAAUGCACAAAGUUCGUUAUGUCCAUCGUGGCCAUCAUCACCACGGCUACAUGUGUCACAAUCCACACCAAAUUCUCCACAUGGAUCACCUAGACAAUCAACAGUACAUUCCAAAGAUAUGUCAACAACAACCAGUCCUGGUUCGUCUGGGGAUUUGAAUAUUGAAGGUUUGAAAACUGAUGGAGGACCAAUUGAUACUUGGGAAUAUCCUCAAUUGUUUUCACCUGCGUCUCCUGACACAAAAGACGAGAACAUAGUGAUGCAAAUGAAUCCAGAAAUAUUUGGUAUGUCUGGUUGGGGCGAUGAUGCUGGUAUCAUCGCAAAAGUAUUAGCCGAAUCCCAAAAAGAGUACUUGGACAGUUUAAAAGCUGCACGACAAACUCAACAUCAAUCAAGUACCAGUACCAGUGGCACUUCCACCUCCUCCAGCUUCGAUCCGUAUGACGAUGCUCGGCCAGGUCCUUCAUCUAAAACAUGA